GAGACGUCACGCUGAGUGGUGAGCGUGCGCGGUGACGUCACGCGGAAGUGUGAGCGUGCGCGGUGACGUCAUACGAGGCGCGUGAGGAGGCGUCACGCGAGGCGAUGUCGCUGCUGGAGCGGCUGCGAGACGAGGAGCGGCAGCGGUUUGUGCACGCAGUAGCGGAUGGGCUGUGUGGACGGGCGUCACCGCGGUACGUGGACUAUGGGCACGUGUGGAGCCCGAGCGAGUGGCUCUCCGUGGUGCAGCAAACGCAGCGCGCCCUGCUGCAAGCCGUGCAGGACGAUCCUGGCAAACCGCAGGAGCAGCCAGCCGUGCCGCGCAGCGUGGAGGCGUGCGUCGGCGUGCGCCGAGAUGAGCUCCGAUCUGCUGUGACAUUUUCAUCGCUUGCACUGGGGAGUGUGCAGCUCCGCGACUUUGAUUGGAAACUCAAGCUGGCGCUCUCAAGUGACCGCCACUCCGCACUGCAGACACCGCUGCUGGCGCUGGCACUCGACGUACAACGUCACGACCCUCCGCACGAUCCGCGCCGUGCGGUCUGCGACACCUCACGUGAUGCUGUGACUGUGGAGCUUUCUGCCGCGGAGCUGGGCACCCUCAUCACGGCCCUGGAGAACGCCAGCAAGGUGGUGCAACAGCUGAAGUGAACCUGGACAUGAUUUGAAGAUAACCCCUCCACACGUCGGCCGGCAUUCCUACACCAACCUGUGUACUAUUAAGUUAAUGAAAGUAAUCAUCAGCCAAUUGUCAAACCCUUCUGACACUGGUCUUUGUGAUAAUUGUAUUGCGAAUACGUUUUAAAACAUGUUUAUAGCAUUUCACUUUCAAUUGAUUUCCAUUGUAAUAUUCUCAAACAUUGUCCACAUUAAAUUAUGAAAAUGCACAAUGAAGGACCCUCCUGAAAAUGUAUUUGGACUCUUUGUGGGUAAAUAAGUCUUCAUUAUUAUACCCCUGAGCUUACUACACACUUUCCCAUUGAGCCACAUGCCUCAUCACUAUUUGAGUUAAUCAGAAACCACUGACCUUCUACAGCUUAAACUCCAUCAGUGCGGUCUCCCACUGUGCACUAAAACUAUUUGUAUUCUACCAGAUAAGGCCCACAGAGCUAUACAGCUCUUUUUAAAUCCUUUAUAUUAAGUUCACUUGCUUGCUUGUGUGCUUGCGUGCUUGCUUGCUUGCUUACGACUGUGCAAAUCUUUCGGUCGUUUUUAAUCCACUUCCCGUGAUCCAAUCGAGCUGACAUUUUGCACACAGACUCGUGCGUAACAAUUAAUUUUCGUGAAAUUUUUUUCUCCAAAAUUUUACACUGUUUAGGGAAUUUUUUUUUUAUAUUUUAAUACCAAUUGCUUAAUGGUGGCAGACAAUCAUCUGACCCAUAGGUGGCAGCCAUCUCAAGCCAGAGGACGAGAGGACUCUAGCCGCCCGUUUCAUGAUGACGCAAAUGUUGACUAACCACAUGGCAUGAAAUCCCUGCCCCCACGCUGUACACUGGAGACUAUUUAUAGAGCAGUUAAAUUGAAGCCGCCAGGUUCUUGAAAGUGGUAAAACGGGUCAACGCUAGUGCCCUCGGGAAUAUACGGGGCAUGUCAAGAAGUGAUCUUUCAUUUUUAAAUCCUUUAUAUUAACUUCACUUGCUUGUUUGCUUACUCAAGAAAAACAGAAAUGAAUAAUAAAAUGAAACCGAUGCCACGCAUAUAAA